CUUGUUGCUGCGAUUAUAUAUGACGAUUUUGCCUUCCUUUGUUUUAUAAAACACUUCAAAUAAUAAUUCAAAUCAACCACCAGCACCAUACUUUUACCAGCUGCUCUACCAAGUUUCCAACUUAAUAAUAUUUGUGUCUUCGUAUUUACAACGAUUCAACAAUUUCUUUUUUUUAUUUUUCUAACAAAAAUAAGAAUUUGACAAUAACUAAAGAAACUUCCCGAUCUGCCUAAUCCAGUUUAUUGAUAUUAUUUAGCUGCUUUGUUAAGUUGUAAUAAAAUAGCACCAACAUGGGUCGUAAAGUAACUGUUGCCGUUUCGACCUUAAAUCAAUGGGCUUUAGAUUUUGAGGGGAAUUUGGCUCGUAUUCUACAAUCGAUUUUAGAAGCCAAAGAUAUGGGUGCUUCAUAUCGUACGGGUCCGGAAUUGGAAGUUUGUGGUUACAGUUGUGAAGAUCAUUUCCGGGAACCCGAUACCUUUUUGCACUCUUGGGAAGUUUUAUUGGAAAUUAUGAUGUCUCCCAUAUGUGAAAAUAUCCUGGUGGAUGUGGGUAUGCCCAUAAUGCAUCGUAAUGUGGCCUACAAUUGUCGUGUGGCAUUCUUUAAUCGUAAAAUUUUGCUUAUACGUCCCAAAAUGUCCAUGUGUGAUGAUGGUAAUUACAGAGAAUCCAGAUGGUUUACAGCUUGGAAAAAGAAUUUUCAAACUGAGGAUUUUUAUUUGCCGCGCAUGAUUUCCCAGCACACGGGCCAGGAUACGGUGCCAUUUGGUGAUGCUGUUAUAGCCACCAAAGAUACUUGUAUUGGAUAUGAGAUCUGUGAGGAAUUGUGGAAUGUUAAAAGUAAACACAUUGACAUGUCUUUGUCGGGCGUAGAGAUCAUUUCGAAUGGCUCUGGUAGCUAUAUGGAGUUGCGCAAAGCCUACAUUACCACCGAAUUAGUGCGUAGUGCCAGCUUCAAGGCUGGUGGCGCCUAUCUGUUCAGCAAUCUAAGAGGCUGUGAUGGCCAACGUGUUUAUUUUAAUGGCUGCUCUUCUGUGGCUCUCAAUGGCGAAAUUGUUGCCAGAAGUAAACAGUUUGCUUUGCAAGAUGUUGAAGUCACUUUAGCCACUAUUGACUUAGAGGAUAUACGUUCCUAUCGCGUGUCACGCCGUUCCAGAUGUACCGAAGCUGCCGAGGCUCCCAAUUAUCCGCGCAUCAAUUGUGAUUUUGAAAUGUCCACACACAGUGAUAUCUUUAAAACUGCCAAUACCCCCUUGCAAUGGAUCUAUCAGACACCGGAAGAGGAAAUUGCCAUGGGUCCAGCCUGCUGGCUGUGGGACUAUUUACGUAGAUCGGGUCAAGGUGGUUUCUUUUUACCGCUAUCGGGUGGCGUUGAUUCCAGCAGUUCGGCCACCAUUGUACACUCCAUGUGCCGCAUGAUUGUUAGUGCCGUGCAAUCGGGUGACUCACAGGUGCUCUAUGAUAUACGUAAGAUAUUGGCCGAUCAAGAAUACACCCCCGACAAUCCAGCUGCCUUAUGUAAUCGUUUGUUGGUCACCUGUUUUAUGGGUAGUGUGAAUUCCAGCAAAGAGACAAGACGCCGUGCUUCUAUAUUGGCCAAUCAAUUGGGUAGUUAUCACAUCGAAAUUAGCAUCGAUACUGCCGUUAAUGCUUUGUUGGGCAUUUUCAAUGCUGUCACGGGCCUGACGCCUCGUUUCCGUACCCAGGGUGGCUGUGCUAGACAAAAUUUGGCCUUGCAAAAUAUACAGUCUCGCAUACGCAUGGUUUUGGCAUACAUUUUUGCUCAACUUAUGCUGUGGGUUCGUAAUCGUCCGGGUGGCUUGUUGGUUUUGGGUUCGGCAAAUGUAGACGAGUCGUUGAGAGGAUAUUUGACGAAAUACGAUUGUUCUUCGGCCGAUAUUAAUCCAAUUGGUGGUAUUUCGAAAACGGAUUUGAGAAGAUUUUUGAUUUAUGCCAAAGACAAAUUCAGUCUCCCCAUACUCGAGUCAAUUAUCGAUGCCCCACCCACCGCCGAAUUGGAGCCGCUGCAAGAUGGUCAACUCAUGCAGACCGAUGAACAGGAUAUGGGCAUGACCUAUGCCGAGCUCAGUGAAUAUGGCCGGCUGCGUAAGCAAGCCUGCUGUGGACCCUAUAGCAUGUUCUGUAAAUUGGUAUCCACCUGGAAGGGUGACCUCAGUCCCAAAGAAGUGGCCGACAAAGUUAAACAUUUCUUUAGAUGCUAUGCCAUCAAUCGUCAUAAAAUGACCGUCUUAACACCAUCGGUACAUGCCGAAAGCUAUAGCCCGGAUGACAAUCGUUUCGAUCAUCGUCCCUUCUUGUAUCGUGCUAACUGGAGUUGGCAAUUUAAGGCCAUUGACGAUGAAGUGGAGAAAUUGCAACCAAUUUAUACACCCUCCUCCUCACAGAUGCGACCCAGUAGUGAUGAUAUAUUGCUCUCACAAGACUCCACUCAUAGAUCUUUAUUGCAGCAAGCUGAUUCAAAACACUCUUCCCCCUUGUCCACCUCUUCAAUAGAUGUUCCCGGGGCUACAACUACACCGCCAUUGGGUAACAUAGCCACCACUAGUAUGGGCACUUUAGGCAAAAAGUCCAGUGGUUAUGCCAAGGUCCAUCAUAAUGUUUUGGGCAAAAUUAAGGAUCGCACUGGCAUACCGGUUUAAUAUAUGUUUUUUUGAAAUCAACACAAACAAAUUUAUUAAUUUGAAAAGAAAACAAACCACAACAAUAUAACGACCAAUUGACAAAGAUCAUGGAAUUUUUUUGAAAACAAUUAUUGUAUUUAAAAAAAAAAGUA